AUGGCCGCUGCCUCAUCUUUAAUUGGUCGAUAUAACAACGAGUACAACAUUAGUAUCAAUAAUAACAAUAGGGGUAGCCGCAGCAGCAAUAACGACAACAUCGGUACUGCUUCAUUGACGAGCGCCUCCCUGCUUAGCAACGGCGGUGGCAACAGCACCGCCGGCAGCAACCAGCCAGCAAGAAUAGGAAUAGUGGGAGAAGUAGAAGGAAGUGGAAAGAUGGUGAGGAAGAGGAUGGCUUCGGAGAUGAUGGAAGUGCAAUCAACAAUUAGUCCUCAAAAUCAGAGGUUAUCUCGUGACAAUAUUAAUAUUAAUAAUAUUAGCAACAACAAUAAUAAGGAUGAUGUUAUUGGGAUGACUACUGGCGCCUCUUCUUUUACUAGUAGUUCUAACAACAACAAUAUUAACCCUAACCCAAAUCCAAUCUUAUAUCCAGUCCUCAACUACUCCACUAUGACUAUGCUACCUUCUUCCACGAACUUGACAGCUAUUACGUCAGGCGGGUCUGCUUCUGUGUCCGUUUCUGGGUUUUUAUCCUCUACACCACCGACCAACUUAAUCACUAGCUGUAAUGACAACCAAUCCCAGCUCCCAGCUGUGUGUGGUUUCUCUGGUCUACCCUUGUUCCCUCCCGAAAGAGAAAGAAACACUAUCCGAUCAAACGCCGUCGUUUCUCCCGGCCUUAUCACUAACUCUACUGCUUCUACUCCUACGGCUGCUUCUAUGGAAGAUGCCUCAUCCGCUACUGCCUGGAUCGAUGGCAUCAUAAAGGACUUACUUCACAGUUCCACCAACGUGUCCAUUCCUCAGCUCAUUCAGAAUGUAAGGGAGAUUAUCUACCCCUGCAACCCCAAUCUAGCCUCCCUUCUUGAGUACAGGCUGCGGUCUUUGAUGGACCCAAUAAUCCCGGCCAAUAUUUAUCCGGUGGGGAGGAGAAGGAAUAAGGAGGCAGCACCAGUACCAUUGCCGCUUCAGAGGCAUUAUAAUCAAGGGCAUGCCCCUUCCGGACUCACUCUUGAUCUUGACAAUGUCUCCGAUUCUGUGCCUCCUCCUGUUUCUUCACAUGUUGUAAGUCAUUACUCUAACUGGGCGCCGACACCGCCUCUCAUCUGCCAACCAAACCUCCAACUGCAACACCAGCAGCCACAAGUCCACCUUGUUCAUGAUCAGCAACAACACGAGAGUCCAUCUUCAACUUCCAAUGUUACACCAACUAUUCUAGCGUUAAAUCAAGGGCGUCCUCCACAACCACAAGCUCAAGAUCAGCAGCAGGAAAAAUCAUCAUCUGCGGAGACAGAACAGGUAACCAGCAACACACCCCCUCCCUCUUCAUCAGCACCUGCCAGCCGAGAUAAGAAAGAAGAGAUGCGGCAGCAAAAGAGAGACGAAGAAGGCUUGCACCUGCUCACCUUACUCCUCCAAUGCGCAGAGGCUGUCUCCGCUGAUAAUUUUGAGGAAGCUAACAAGAUGCUACUUGAGAUCUCGGAGCUGUCCACGCCUUUUGGGACUUCAGCGCAGCGAGUGGCUGCGUACUUCUCGGAGGCAAUGUCAGCGAGGUUGGUCAGCUCGUGCUUGGGGAUAUAUGCGACGCUUCCUUCAAUGCCACAAAGCCAUACUCAGAAGAUGGCUUCGGCCUUUCAGGUGUUCAAUGGAAUUAGCCCUUUCGUCAAGUUCUCUCAUUUCACCGCAAACCAAGCGAUUCAAGAAGCGUUUGAAAGAGAAGAGAGAGUCCACAUCAUAGAUCUGGACAUCAUGCAAGGUUUGCAGUGGCCUGGCCUAUUUCACAUCCUAGCAUCUAGGCCCGGUGGACCACCAUAUGUCCGCUUGACGGGGAUGGGGACCUCCAUGGAGGCUCUUGAAGCAACUGGGAAACGUUUGUCUGAUUUUGCACAGAAGCUAGGACUGCCCUUUGAGUUUAUUCCAGUGGCGGAAAGAGUUGGAAAUUUGGAUCCUGAUAGGCUUAGUGUGAGCAAGAGGGAGGCUGUUGCCGUCCACUGGUUGCAACACUCGCUCUACGAUGUCACUGGUUCCGAUACAAAUAUGCUUUAUCUGUUGCAAAGGUUGGCACCAAAAGUAGUGACAGUGGUAGAACAGGACCUAAGCCAUGCGGGAUCCUUCCUGGGAAGGUUUGUGGAGGCCAUACACUACUACUCCGCCCUGUUCGACUCCUUGGGAGCAAGCUACGGGGAGGAGAGUGAGGAGAGGCAUGUAGUGGAGCAGCAGUUGCUAUCGAGAGAGAUACGCAAUGUAUUGGCUGUGGGAGGACCUUGCAGAAGUGGGGAUGUCAAGUUCCACAACUGGAGGGAAAAGCUACAACAGUCUGGGUUCAAAGGUAUCUCCCUUUCUGGAAAUGCUGCUACCCAGGCCACUUUGCUACUUGGCAUGUUUCCCUCUGAUGGUUAUACAUUAGUAGAGGAUAAUGGCACCCUCAAGCUUGGUUGGAAAGACCUUUGCUUGCUCACUGCUUCUGCCUGGAGGCCUUUUCAUGUUAGCAUUGAAACUGCUACCACCACCAACCACCACCAUCACCACCUCCACCAUCGCUUCGUCACUGCCUAG